AUGGAGAAGGUGGAAGGGAAGAAAAGGAGAAGAGACAAACAACAGAGUAAGGGUGAGGAUUACAUAGUGAAUGAUAUGCAGAAGAUUGAAACAAAGAAAAGAGGAGAUAAAAAGAAGAGCAAAGGUGAUUUUAUUACUGAAUCUUCUGUAGAUGCUAAAACUGGCAAUGAUUCCACAAAAAGUAAGAUAUGGGAUAGUGAGGAGAAAAGUGAAAGAAUGGUUGACAGGUUCGUCGAGAAUCACGAGGAAGAAAAUGACAAUAAAGGAAAGACGAAAAAGGAUAAAUUAGUGGGAAAUGGUUCAAAUGAUCCUCAACCAAGAAAAAGUAGCAAGAAAGUGAGAUUUUCUGGUCGUGUUGAGGUUUUUCCUGCAUCUGAUGAUUCAAAUUCUGGGGAGGGAGACAAUAAGGGAGAGAAACUGGUGCAGGGUAAGUGGUUUACACAAGCAGAAAAUGAAAUUGUUAAGAAGGCUGUCUAUAGGUACAUAGAGGUUCAUGACUUGGGGGAAGAAGGUUUGUACGUAAUUUUCAAUGGUAGAAAGUACCCUGAACUGAAAAACUGUUGGAAGGAGAUGGGGAAUGCGAUACAAUAUAGGCCCCAUAGUGCUUCAAAAUUGUUUCAAAGUGCUGAGGAACCCAGAUGGACUCAAGAAGAGUAUGAAAUGGUUCUGAAGUCCCAGAAGGAGUAUGGGAACCAGUGGAAGGCAUUGGCAGAUGAACUUGGGAAACAUAAAACACAUGUAAGAAAUGCUUGGCUAAGAAAAAAAUUACCCAACUUGAAGAAAGGAAGGUGGUCUCAGGAGGAGUACCAGGGUUUAUUUGAUCUAGUAAAUGCUGAUCUGCAACAGAGAUUCUAUGAAGAGGAGAGAUCGAGGCAUGGCAUGUUACGGGAUAAUAUUUGUUGGACGGCAAUUAGUGAUAAACUGGCCACUCGAACUCAACCCAAGUGCUGUAUUAAAUGGUAUAGUCAGUUAACAUCAACUAUGGUUGCUGAAGGUAUAUGGGCUGAUGCUGAUGACUAUCCCCUAAAUGGUGCUCUUUUUAGCUUAAAUGCAAGUUCCGUAGAAGAUGUGAAUUGGGCUAACCUUCUUGAUCACAGGUCUGGAGACGUGUUGGAACCAAAUGGUUCUUCACAUAGGUCAUCAUGGAAGCAAGUCAUUUGCUGA